AUGGAAAAAAAUUUAAUUUUUGAAUUAGAACAACAAUUAAAUAAUCUUGAUAUUGAUAGUAACAAAGUAGAUGCAAUUAUUCAAUUAAAAAUUUGGCAAAAAAAAAUGUUUUCAUUAAUUGAAAAAAUCUAUUUAAAUCGUUUGAAUGAAAUUGAUACUAUUGCAUUGAAUAUAACAAAUGAAAUAAAAGAUAAACAAAAUCAACUUGAAAAUAUUCAAAUAAAUGAUAAAACUACUCUAUUAAAAUUACAACAUGAAAUUGAUCAAUUAAAAUCUGAUAUUAUUAUUGAUCAAAUGAUUCCUGAGAAUUUAUAUCAUCAGAUCGAAAGAACGAUUCAUAUUAAACGUGAUGAAAAUCAAGAUGAUGAUGAUGAUGAUUUAGUUAUUAUUGAUAUCGAAAAUAAUGAAGAAAAAAAUGAAAAACAUAUUAAAGUCGUUCUUUCGUCAUCUACAACUACUAAUUCAGAAAAUCGUGUUUCAAAAAUAUUUAAAUCUGAGCCUGUACAACAAGCACUUACUAUUGGUUUAACUCAAACAUUAACUCAUAUGGGUACUAUGGCAGCAACAAGUACAACAACUAUUGCUGCAACAGCUAUAGCUAAAACAGCUUUAUUAACAACUGCUGGUGGAAUAGGCGCAAUGGCUUAUGGAAUAGGAAGAGUUGCUGCAGGUACAACAAUAAAAUUGUGGUCAUUUGUAAACUCAUAA